AUGUCCACCGCCAACCCCGCGCAUGAUUGGAGCGCGGCGCAGUACCUCAAAUUCAAAGAUGAACGUACCCAACCAGCACGCGAUCUUCUUGCUCGGGUUCCUCUACAGACCCCGAAGAGUGUAGUCGAUCUUGGAUGUGGUCCUGGCAACUCAACGGCUGUCCUGGAGUCCCGCUACCCCGAUGCUCUUCUUGUGGGGAUGGAUUCGUCCCCGGACAUGAUCCGCCAAGCCAAAUACACUCUCCCCCACUUGGAGUUUAGUAUCGCAGAUUUGAACACCUAUAAACCAGACACCCCGGUCGAUCUCUACUAUUCCAAUGCUGUCUUCCAAUGGAUUGGCAGAGAAAAGCGCAUUGAGGUCAUCAAGAGAUUAAUUGAAAGCCAACCACCUGGCGGAGUCUUUGCUUUUCAAGUUCCUGACAACCUCAACGAACCCUCUCAUGUCCUGAUGAGGGAGACUGCCAAAGUUGGACCCUGGGCGGCGAAGUUGCAAUCUGUCGGUCGAGAUACGUUCCAGUCACCGCAGGAGAUUUAUGAUCAGCUCAAGCCGCUUUGCUCCGAGGUUAACCUUUUCCAUACCAGUUAUUAUCAUUCGCUUGAGAACCAUGAAGCUAUCAUUGAAUGGGUAAAAGGGACUGGACUGAGACCCUAUGUGGAUCCCUUGCAGCCAGAGGAGAAAGAUGCGUUCUUGAAAGAGUAUUUGAGGCGCUUGGAGGACGCAUAUCCCUCGUCUGUUGAUGGUCGAGUCUUGCUCCGGUACCCACGGCUGUUUGUGGUCGCUGUGAAGAGCUGA